UGCGCGAUACUUUGUGAAGAUCAUCCGCGCAGACGCAUGCGUACUAAACAAAGCUCUCGCAAACGUCAAACUGAUUUAACGUUCCUGAAAUUCUGUGUUUAAUACGAUUAAACUAGUGGGAAAGCGACGAGAACAACGCGAGCGUGCGAUGCGAAUCGAAUAUGCUAAUAGAAGUUGGUCAACUUACUUUAAUGCAUAAUAAUAGUUGUGAUACAGUAAACCUAACCUCUAAAAUGUUUAUACCGUGCUUUUGAUUAGUAUAAAAAUUCUAGGCCUCAAAAAAUCGUUAUCCACAAAAAUACAGUGUCUAAGAGCAAUCAUGAAACGCAAACCGAAGGUCGCAUCAACGGAUGUAACGGCCCCUAAGAAACAUCACUGGAUGACUGGUUUGCUUGUCUCCAUGGAAGAUCCUGAACUCCGGGUAAAAGAGGAUAACAGGGUAGUUGUCAUCAAAGAUAAGUAUCCGAAAGCCCAGUAUCAUUACCUGGUUCUGCCGAAAGCAAACAUCCCUUCGAUUUGGCACCUGAAAAAGGAAAAUGAAGACUUACUGCUGCACAUGGCUAAAGUCGCUGAGGACUUAACUAAAGAACACAAAGAUUCCGAAUUUCUUAUUGGAUACCAUGCUGUUCCGAGUAUGCAGCGGUUACAUUUACACGUGAUAAGUACAGAUUUCAACAGCCCGUGUCUAAAAACUAAGUACCACUGGAAUUCGUUCACUACCCCUUUCUUCUUGCAUUCAGCAGACAUCUGUAACCAGUUGCGCGAGAAAGGCGAACUCAAAAAGUUGAAAUCCGAAGAUAGCGCGGAGCACUUGAACACCCCGCUUAAGUGUCACAAGUGUUCCGAAACCCCGAAAAACAUGCCCGAGCUGAAGAGGCACCUGUUAUCCCAUUUGCCGAAUCAAAGAAACAUCGUUCAGUAAAAUGAUUAUUUCCCGAGAACAAUUUCAGUGUUUUGUUUUUAAUUUGACGAUCCCCUGAAGUUUGAAUAGGUGUUAAACACGUUACUUACGAUGUGCAAUAUACUCAGCGAUAAAUGCACCGUAGAUUUGUAACGAUAACACGCCGCCGUGAACGCGGCUUUAGAAUACUCAGAAUUUACGUGAUGUACGAUAAGAUUG